GGCGAGUGACCGAUGAUCUUGUCCUCGUCCCUCUCCCCUGCCACAUCCCUGCAACCCCAUGCCGCACGCCUCCUCCUCCUCCUCCUCCUCCUCCGGCCGUGGCGCUGGCGCUGGCGCUGGCGCUGGCGCCGCCGAGGCCGGUCCUUCUGCGCGCCCGCACGGCAGCUAUGCGUUCUAUCUCGGCAGCGCCGCCGGCCUCAUCUCCUCGGUGCGUCUCGCACCGCCUCUCGAUGCCGAGGCCGCAGCCGCCGCACACCAGGCGCUGCCGCAGCCCGUCGAGAUGCUCGCCUAUCCUGCCGCUGCUGGCCGCAAGGAUACGGCAGUGCAGCGCAUGGCGGCCGCACAUGUGGGCAAGCGAUGGGUCCUCGCCGUGGCUCGCAAGAACGGCUGCAUCGACCUCAUGACUCGCGUUGCGCAUGACGACACGGCCGCCUCGGCGUCUGCUGCUGCUGCUGGCGAAGCCGCGCAAGCAGAGGCAGCGGCGAGCGACGCCAUGGCCGUCUCGCAAGACGCCGCGUCCACCUCGUCGGCAGUCGCCGCCGAGGCGCCCUUGCCGCCGCCCCGCGAGCGCCUGCGCUUUCUGGCGUGCGUCGCCGAGCCGCGCAUGCGCGUCGGCAUGGAGCGCUGGCUCGCACUCGCUCUCUCUGACAGAGAGAGCAAGGAAGAAGAAGAAGAGCGGAGGACGGGCAAAACAGCCAGAGAUGAUACCCUUUCCGGAGUGCUCCCGCACUCGCGCCCGACUCACACCCUUCUGCCGAACGACGCCCUCUCUCUGCCCCAAGCCCCGCGCAUUACCUCUGCCUGCAUUCUUGGCGCCUCCUCCUCGUCCUCCUCCUCUUCACCGCCCACCUUCACGCUUGCCGCCGGCACGCGCGACGGCGUGCUGCGCCUCUACUCGACGGCGCACGCCGCCGGGCGCAGGGCGCGCCGCGAGACGCGCGUCGUGCCCGCCGGCGCCGGCGGCGUGCGCCUCGUCGUGGCGGGCGCGCCGAGCAGCGAGGGCCGGCAGGAGUGCUUCGUCGCCGACGGCAGUGGCAAGCUGUAUGCGACGGAUGAAGAGGGAGCAGUGACGUACUCCUACAAGGACAUCACGGGCGCCGUAAAUGUGGUGCUGCCUCUUUGUGCGCCCCUCUCCUCUUCGUCUGCGCUGCCCAUCUCGGCGCCGCUGCUGCUCAGUGCGUCUCUCGACCGGCUGCUGCGCCUGCACUCGACGGCGCCCGGCGCCGCGCAGCGCGCCGGCGCGUCCAAGCAGCGCGGCACCACGCUGGCGAGCGUCUUUGCGGGCCAGACGGCGCUCGGCGCAGUGCUGUGGGAUGGAGAGUGCCCGGUUGUCGAUGUGGAGAUGGAGGGAGAGGAAGAGGAGGUGUGGGAGGCUAUGGACCGCGUGGGAGAGGAGGAGGAGGAGGAGAGUGAAGAGGAGGAGGAGGAGAGAAGCAAGAAGACGAAGAAGCACUAGCAGCACUUCACUACAUCACAAUCGAGCCCCGCCUACACACACACACACACCUACACACAUAUGCAUCGUCACCGUCUCACCCCCUGUUCCAUCAACACCACGCACUCGCUGUAAUCGGCAAACCCAUACGGAUUCUUGCCACAUGCCACAGGCUCGGCGUCUCUACACGAUGUAACUCUUGUGCCCCC